AUGAAAAUCUUCACAUCGUUCCUCGCCGCAGCCUAUGCCAAGUCAGUCAUGCACCAGUCGGACGUGAAACGAGCACUGACCGGACAGUGGAUCUCGGACAUGACCGGUUCGCCGCGUCAUCGCCGAGCAGACAUUGACGGAGAAGCCGGAUUCCGACCACUGGCUACUAUGAUGCUCUAUUUGCAGAACUUUGGCUCCGACUCUACAAAUCCAGCCACACUUGCUGACUUUGAAAGCGAGCUCACAACUCUUGAAGGAAAAAUGACCAACUACGGAUGCUACUGCUGGAUUCAAGGCACAGCCGACGGCGUCAUCGGCGGUGGAAAGACCAAGGACAUGGUUGAUCACCACUGCAAAGAACUCUACAGAUGCUACAAGUGCGUCCUCAAUGAUUACUCCGCCAACUACACCGAUGUUGCCUACAGUGUCGAUUUCACCGAAGACGCCGCCGGAAACAGACAACUCGACUGCUCGAACAACCCAAAACAGGACGGUGAAAACGUUUGUGAAUGCGACAAACGAUUCGCCGAAAACAUUGCUAAAGCCGAACAGGACUGCGCUGCUAACGAGCCCGAUGACGAGCUCUGGGGAAGCCACUGCAUGGACGAGCAAUUCCGAACUAUCAACGGCGGCGGCUCUUUCAACCCACAGGACAAUGCGUCCUGCGACAAGCAGUUCCACGGUCACGACAAACAGAACUGCUGUGGAUUUUACCCCAACAGAUACCCAUACGAUGUCAACUUCAGCGAAUGCUGCCGAAGCCAGAGCUUCUUGGAUAGCGAGAACUUUGUCGAAAACUUUUCAGUAGUGCCAGCCGGUCAGUGCAGCGGACGAGGAGGCGAGGUCGUCGUCAACGAGGAAGGAAACCCCCACGUGUACUCAGUCGUCGGCGAGAACUAA